AUGACUCAAGUGAAGCUCCUCCCCUCGGACGUCCGUCGCCCGAGGCAAGAGCAAAGACCUGCCGAGAAGAAUAGUGGUAACAUCAAGCUACGACCAGCUGCUGUGACCACCGUCUCGACGACGCCCAAAGGUCGACACGAUAAGACAUCGCGGAAUGGUUCCGGUGCUAAG